UGGGCGCUGCACCGGCGGGCGGCCCGCGGUCCCUCGGCUCUCCGGGAUCCCAUCCAGGGACGGCGCGAGGAUGAACCUGGAGCGGCUCAGGAAGCGUGUGCGGCACUACAUCGACCAGCAGCAGUAUCAAAGUGCCCUGUUUUGGGCUGACAAAGUAGCCUCACUCUCCCAUGAGGAACCACAAGAUAUCUAUUGGUUGGCCCAAUGUCUUUACCUAACAGCUCAGUAUCACAGGGCAGCACAUGCCCUUCGAUCACGUAAGCUGGAUAAGUUAUAUGAAGCGUGUCGCUACCUUGCAGCUAGAUGUCAUUAUGCUGCAAAAGAGCAUCAACAGGCCCUGGAUAUUCUUGAUAUGGAGGAGCCAAUCAACAAACGACUUUUUGAAAAGUACUUGAAGGAUGAAAGCGGGUUGAAAGAUUCUACCACAGACUGGGAGAUGUCACAAUCCUCUAUCAAGAGCUCUAUAUGCCUUUUGCGAGGGAAGAUCUACGAUGCUUUGGAUAAUAGAGCCCUGGCAACUUACAGCUACAAAGAGGCCUUGAAGCUUGAUGUUUACUGCUUUGAAGCAUUUGAUCUUUUAACGUCACACCAUAUGCUGACAGCACAAGAAGAAAAAGAACUUCUUGAAUCUCUACCUCUUAGUAGACAAUGUACAGAAGAAGAACAGGAAUUGCUUCACUUUUUAUUUGAGAAUAAAUUAAAAAAGUAUAAUAAGCCCAGUGAAACACUGAUUCCUGAAUCAGUAGAUGGUCUUCAAGAAAACCUAGAUGUGGUGGUAUCCUUAGCUGAAAGACAUUAUUAUAACUGUGAUUUCAAAAUGUGUUACAAACUUACUUCAGUAGUGAUGGAAAAGGAUCCCUUCCAUGCAAAUUGUUUACCUGUACAUAUAGGGACACUUGUGGAGCUUAAUAAAGCAAAUGAGCUUUUCUAUCUUUCUCACAAACUGGUGGACUUGUACCCAAAUAAUCCUGUGUCAUGGUUUGCAGUAGGAUGCUACUAUCUCAUGGUUGGCCACAAAAAUGAACAUGCUAGAAGAUAUCUCAGCAAAGCCACUACGCUUGAGCGAACCUAUGGACCUGCAUGGAUAGCAUAUGGGCAUUCAUUUGCAGUUGAGAGUGAGCAUGACCAAGCAAUGGCUGCGUAUUUCACAGCUGCACAGCUCAUGAAAGGGUGUCAUUUGCCGAUGCUCUACAUUGGACUGGAAUACGGUUUGACCAACAACUCCAAGUUAGCUGAACGGUUUUUCAGCCAAGCUUUAAGCAUUGCACCCGAAGAUCCUUUUGUUAUGCAUGAAGUUGGAGUGGUAGCAUUUCAAAAUGGAGACUGGAAAACUGCAGAAAAGUGGUUCCUUGAUGCACUGGAAAAAAUCAAAGCUAUUGGAAAUGAGGUGACAGUUGAUAAGUGGGAGCCUUUAUUGAACAACUUAGGACAUGUCUGCAGAAAACUCAAGAAGUAUGAAGAAGCACUGGAAUACCAUCGCCAGGCUCUGGUAUUAAUUCCUCAGAAUGCUUCUACCUACUCUGCCAUUGGCUACAUACACAGCUUAAUGGGCAACUUUGAAAGCGCAAUCGACUAUUUUCAUACGGCCCUUGGUCUCAGAAGGGAUGACACAUUUUCAGUCACAAUGCUUGGACACUGCAUAGAAAUGUACAUUGGUGAUUCUGAAGCCUACAUUGGAACGGAGAUCAAAGACAAAUUAAGAUGUUAUGACUUUGAUGUACACACAGUGAAGACAUUAAAGAACAUAAUUUCACCUCCCUGGGAUUUUAGAGAAUUCGACAUAGAAAGACAAACUCUGGAUGAAAGUGGCAUAGUAACGUUAGAGACAUCAAAUCAAAGGAAAAGUACAGAUACCAGCCGUCCACUGGAAGAAACAUUUGAGAUUGAAAUGAAUGAAAGUGACAUGAUGUUAGAAACGUCAAUGUCAGACCAUAGUACGUGACCAUAAAUACUGGUAGAGAGUUCA